UUUUCAAAAGAAACAUGCGACUCUGUAAAUAACUUGAUUAAUUUCUUUUUUUGGAUUAAAUUAAAAUCCAUAGCAUCAUAAAAGCUCAAUACAACCGUCUCUGUCCUUCUCUAGUUGCGCCCCCACGAUCUCCUCUCAACGCCGCCGCGAACUGCACCGUGCCGGAUCAUCAACGGGUUCAUCCUCCUCCGUCGUCUCACCCUCACUUCUAUCUCUAGGGUUCACUCUCCUUCUUCUCUACUGUGAUUUUGAUAAUCAAUUUUCAGUUGCAUCACCGCCAUGGAGAAAAAUGGAGCUAAUGCUGAGAUAGUUGACAUAAACAAGACUACAACGACGUUGGAACCGGAAAAGUCUACAGGUGGUGGACUCUAUGUUCCUGGGAAGGAUCGUGUGGUUUACGUGGCACCGGAGAGAAAAUCACGUUUGGGACUUGAUACCCUUGCCAUUGCAAAACGGGGAGAGUCUCAAAGUGAUGGGGCGUUCAAGGUGCCAAAAGAAAUAACCACUUCGAUUGCAGCUGCUGCAGAAGAUGAAGAUAAGUCUGAGUCCUCUGAUGUUGUUGAGGAAAGUGGGCAGGCAGGUACACGCAGAAAUGCUCAUAGAAGAUAUCGUGAGACAACCAGUGAAACAUCACGUGCAGAAAGUUCUCUGACCGAUGAUCACCAUGCUGAUACAUACGGGAACCGUUCGACUGAGCGUAGGGGUUCAGAUGUUUCUGCUUCACCUUCUGGAUAUGACAGGGAUGAUCAUAGGAGUGAGAGGAGGCAUUCUAGGGAUGAUUCAAGGAGUGACAGCCGGGAGGUCCGACAUAGAAACAAUUAUGACAGUAGGGAGUCUUACUCAGGAAGGGAUUCACGUAGUAGGUAUUAUGAUCAUGAAUAUGAUAGAAAGCGAAACAGAUAUGAAGGUUCAAGGAGAACGCCUGGCAGAUCUGACUGGGACCAUGGCCGAUGGGAAUGGGAAGAUACUCCACGAAGGGACGGUGUCUCUAGUUCUAGACGUCAUCAACCUUCACCAUCCCCAAUGUUUGUUGGCGCCUCACCUGAUGCACGAUUGGUUUCUCCGUGGCAUACUCCUCAUUCAUCCUAUAAUUCACCUUCUCCUUGGGACCAUGUUUCUCCGUCUCCUGUUCCAAUACGAGCUUCCGGCUCUUCAGUCAAAUCUUCUGUUUCUGGAUAUAAUCGAAGGUCGCAUAAACUUGCCUUUUCUUCAGAAAACUCAGAUACAUAUGAGGAGGAAAUAGCAGAUAAAUCUGACUUGGGUGAAGAACACAAGUAUGAGAUUACUGAAAGCAUGCGUCAAGAGAUGGAAUAUGAUGCAGACCGAGCAUGGUAUGAUAGAGAGGAAGGCAGCGCAUUGUUUGAUUCUGAUAGCUCUUCACUUUUUCUUGGAGAUGAGGCUUCAUUUCAGAAAAAGGAGGCCGAGUUGGCCAAAAGACUGGUCCGAAGAGAUGGGACUAAGAUGUCCCUUUCUCAAAGCAAGAAAUUGUCUCAGCUUACAGCGGAUAAUGCUCAAUGGGAAGAUCGGCAGCUGCUGAGAUCAGGCGCUGUUAGAGGCACAGAGGUUCAGACUGAAUUUGAUGAUGAGGAUGAACGCAAGGUCAUUCUUCUUGUGCACGAUACAAAGCCUCCCUUUCUUGACGGCAGAGUUGUUUAUACCAAGCAGGCAGAGCCUAUUAUGCCAAUAAAAGAUCCAACAUCUGACAUGGCUUUAAUUUCUCGCAAAGGAUCUGCUCUGGUAAGAGAAAUCCAUGAGAAGCAGAGUUCGAAUAAAUCUCGCCAACGCUUUUGGGAACUUGCAGGCUCAAAACUUGGCGAUAUCUUAGGCGUUGAAAAAACAGCAGAACAGAUUGAUGCAGACACUGCCGUCGUGGGUGAAGAUGGUGAAAUUGAUUUUAAGGAGGAAGCUAAGUUUUCAAAUCACAUGAAGAAGGGAGAAGCUGUAAGUGACUUUGCUAUGUCAAAAACUCUUGCUGAGCAAAGGCAAUAUCUGCCUAUUUUUUCAGUGCGAGAAGAGUUAUUACAGGUGAUUCGAGAAAAUCAGGUUGUGGUUGUAGUUGGGGAAACUGGUUCAGGAAAAACAACCCAAUUGACACAGUAUCUAUAUGAAGAUGGCUAUACUAUUGGCGGUAUAGUAGGUUGCACCCAACCAAGGCGUGUCGCAGCUAUGAGUGUUGCCAAGAGAGUUAGCGAGGAGAUGGACACAGAGUUGGGAGAUAAAGUUGGCUAUGCUAUACGUUUUGAGGAUGUGACUGGACCAAAUACCGUAAUAAAGUACAUGACUGAUGGGGUACUUCUACGUGAAACACUUAAAGACUCCGAUUUAGACAAAUAUAGGGUUAUUGUGAUGGAUGAAGCCCAUGAAAGGUCAUUAAGCACAGAUGUCCUUUUUGGAAUAUUGAAGAAAGUUGUAGCCCAACGCCGUGAUUUCAAACUGAUUGUCACAUCAGCAACUCUGAAUGCACAGAAAUUUUCACAUUUCUUUGGAAGUGUUCCAAUUUUUCAUAUUCCUGGGAGAACAUUUCCUGUCAAUAUAUUAUGGAGUAAAACUCCAGUUGAAGAUUAUGUUGAAGGUGCAGUGAAGCAGGCUAUGACUAUUCACGUAACAAGCCCUCCAGGUGACAUCCUUAUCUUCAUGACUGGCCAAGACGAGAUUGAGGCAGCUUGCUACUCCCUUGCUGAAAGGAUGGAGCAGAUGGUUUCUUCUUCAAAUAAAGAAGUCCCGAAACUUUUGAUUCUUCCCAUAUAUUCUCAGCUUCCGGCUGACUUGCAAGCAAAGAUAUUUCAGAAAGCUGAAGAUGGUGCACGCAAAUGUAUUGUGGCCACUAAUAUUGCUGAGACAUCACUGACCGUGGAUGGUAUCUUCUUUGUUAUAGACACAGGCUAUGGUAAAAUGAAGGUGUACAAUCCUAGAAUGGGUAUGGACGCUCUUCAAGUCUUCCCUGUUAGCCGCGCUGCUGCUGACCAGCGUGCUGGUCGAGCUGGUCGAACUGGCCCUGGUACAUGCUAUCGGUUGUAUACAGAGAGUGCUUACCUAAAUGAAAUGUUGGCCAGUCCUGUUCCAGAGAUCCAAAGAACUAACCUUGGCAAUGUGGUCUUGUUGCUGAAAUCUCUUAAAGUUGAAAAUUUACUCGACUUUGAUUUCAUGGAUCCACCUCCGCAGGAUAAUAUUCUCAAUUCUAUGUACCAGUUGUGGGUGUUGGGCGCCCUUAACAAUGUGGGGGGAUUGACUGAACUUGGCUGGAAAAUGGUUGAGUUUCCACUGGAUCCUCCACUUGCCAAGAUGCUUUUGAUGGGUGAACGGUUGGGGUGUCUUGAGGAGGUUCUGACAAUAGUUUCUAUGCUUUCAGUACCAUCUGUUUUCUUUAGGCCAAAGGACCGAGCAGAGGAGAGUGAUGCUGCACGUGAAAGAUUUUUUGUGCCAGAAUCCGAUCAUUUAACCCUUUACAAUGUCUAUCAGCAAUGGAAACAACAUGAUUACAGAGGUGAUUGGUGCAAUGACCAUUUUUUGCAUGUUAAAGGUCUAAGAAAGGCUAGAGAGGUUAGAUCCCAGCUGCUUGAUAUUCUCAAGACACUAAAAAUUCCCUUGACCACGUGCUUUCCUGAUACAGACGUAGUUAGAAAAGCAAUUUGUUCUGCGUACUUCCACAAUUCAGCAAGACUAAAGGGUGUUGGGGAGUAUGUUAACACCCGGAAUGGGAUGCCAUGUCAUCUUCACCCCAGUAGUGCUCUCUAUGGCAUGGGUUGCACUCCUGAUUAUGUGGUUUAUCACGAGUUAAUUCUAACCACCAAGGAGUACAUGCAAUGUGCCACAGCGGUAGAGCCCCAGUGGAUGGCUGAGCUGGGACCCAUGUUUUUCUCUGUGAAGGAGUCUGAUACAUCACUACUGGAGCAUAAAAAGAAACAGAAACGAGAGAAAACGGCCAUGGAGGAGGAAAUGGAGAAUUUAAAGAAGGAGCAAGCGGAGUUGGAGAGAGAAAAUAAACGGAAGGAGAAGGAAAAAAGGGCCAAGAGUCAGCAGCAGAUUUCAAUUCCAGGUUUAAAAAAGGGUUCUUCCACAUUCUUGAGACCAAAAAAGUUUGGUUUGUAAAUGUUGUAUAAUACCUGAGAGAUAUUUGUAAACUUAUGGAGGAGAGGGAGGAUAAAAAAAGACCCAUAUUCCAAUUUUAACGAGUAAACGGAAAAAGUAUGAAUUACUGAUUCGGUGUUGAAGAUGAAUUUGCUCCGGCUACUUCCUGCGCCUAUGGUCAUUCAUACGAAUUUUUGUAUAAUACAUUUGUACUUGAAUUUGUUUUGGAGCCUUGUGCUUUUAUGUAAUAUAUUGUAUUCACUGUUAGAAAGAAGAAAUGCACCGGUCACCAAAUUGCCAUCUCCUUCUAUUCAAACGUGUAAUAUAUUGUUCAAUUAUCAAUAUUUUGCUUUCA